CCGUCAGUCGGUGAGGUGCGUGCGUGUAGGCUCGGGGGUGUUGGCACUGUUUUAGCACAUAAUUCUUCACACUCGUGCCUUUUCUUUGACUAAUUUUGUUAUUUUCGAACUACUGACACGCUGUAUGGCGGUUACAAGGUGCGGCUGGAAACGGUUGGUUCGUCGAGUUUGAUGAAAACGAGGUCGGGUUCAGACAACCGUUAGCUCCCUGUAUUUUUUUAUUUUUUCUAAAGGACAAGAAAAACAAAGGAAGAUAACGAUGUCGUUGACUGCUUCGUCUGAUUAUUUCGCUGCCGAGUGUCUGGUGUCGAUAUCCAGCGGUCCUGUGCUGCACAGACCCACCCCGGUCACCCCCACCAGCCAGUCGGCCACGGCGGGCCUGCUCCCUGGGGAGCCCGACGGGACGAGUGAGGAUAGGGAAGUGCGGGAGACUCUGAGGCUGGAGGGGGCGAACAUGAUGGCAGUGGCCGGUAUCCUCACCGACCUGCACGGUAAGUUCCGCCCCAUGUCGGCCUACUCGGAGAGCAGCAACUCAUCAUGUGGUGGGGAGAGCGGUUACACCACGUUGUCGGACCCAACCACCCCAACCAUGACCCCCUCCGCCACCCCGAUCCCUGGACAGCAGCUGAGGGGGGGUGGAGGCGUGGGGCCCCCACGGUCCCCGGUGAAGCGACACCAGUGCACUUUUGACGGAUGCGACAGAGUUUACGGAAAAUCGUCGCACCUGAAGGCUCACAUCCGGACACACACAGGCGAAAGACCCUUCCCAUGCACUUGGCCGGACUGUGAGAAGAAGUUUGCCCGUUCAGACGAGCUUGCCCGCCAUACCCGCACCCACACAGGAGAAAAGCGCUUCCUGUGCCCACUGUGCGAUAAGCGCUUCAUGCGUAGUGACCACCUGAUCAAGCACGCCCGCCGUCAUCCUGACUUCCAGCUCUCCAUGUUGAAACGCAACAAAGGCCCAUCCUCUGCUUCCAGCCCAACUAUGCAAUAUUAGGAUGGUUUGGGUUGGGAAUUCCUGUGUACCAGGGUCAGCAGGAGCACAGGACGCCUGCAGUGGUUUCAGGUUUAACCAGCUACAAUCAGAUCCACUGAUAAAGGAUUUAGAAUGACUGUGUUGUGCUCAGAAAUGUGCACACACACACAAGAGAACACACAAGAGCUGGAUGUAAGGGACAAGCACCCUAAUCUCAAUCUACCAAGAUGAGUCAUGUGACCACUAUCCACCUGCUCAACAUAACUAGGGUUAGUUAUCAAGAACGUUCCAAACUUACAAAAUUUAAGGAUUUGUAUAAAAAAAAGUUGCUUUUUGAUUCCUCUUAUCGUUUCCUGAAAGCAAAUUAUGGACUUCCAGUCACAUGCCUGGUUACAUGUAUAUGAACUUGUGUGUAAUGUUUACUACAUGGUAGACUGGAGCUGUAACUUUGAAAGGUGGAGCGCACACUUCUUAAAAGCCUGCAGUGAUUAAGUAACAUUUAAAUAAAUUCAUAGAAAUGAAUACAUUUAUGGGAGAAAUGUUCAUGCACUAUGACAUAUUUACCACAGAAGGGUGUAAGUUUGCAGUGUCUCCUUAUAUGCAGUAUUGUGACACUGUCAGUUUAAAACGAUCAAACAUUUUUAUAUAACUAUAGGCUAAAUGGAAACGACCCUUUAGUUUAUCCACUGAAUGAUUGAUAUGCCAGACACCUCGAGGUACUUCAUCACAUUGAUGCAAAAAUAAUUCUGUAGAAUCAUUUAUGCCGUACAGCUGUCGGGCUCACUGAGUUACCACUGCUGGCUUAAGUCUGGCUUUAAAAGCUCACAGUGGAAAACUAAGGUAAAGUCAUAAUCCUGGCAGGCACAACAGAAUAUUUCCUUUCUUUUGUCAACAUGAAAACAAUAAAAUCAGCUUGCCAUUUAUGGCAGUUUACACCUAAUCCGUUUUUCCUUCAUUGUUUUGUUUCCCUCAGAACAGGAUUCGAUAAGAAUUGGAAUCAUAAAGCAGAUUUCACUUGUUUAAAAAAACAAUCCUUAACAUGACCAGAUUUCUCAGCUGAAUCACUUUCACAAGUUGCAGGGAUUUUUCACAUUUUCUGUACAUACUCACCAAAAGCCAAAACUUGUUUGUGGUUAAUUUCCUGAUUGUUGUGCUCUUCACUACCAUCAUUUUUUUUACCAUGGUAGCUCAAUAUUGUGAUGUUAGGUAGUGAGGCAGUGACUAGAAGCUGUUCAGCUUUCUUUUGUAGCUUUGAGUUUUAGUGAUGACACAUUCCUUCAUUUUUAUUGCAUAACCAUCAUUGAGGUAUCGUCAAUAAUUUGUUUUUUUGUGUAUUGAAUUAAAAAUAGAUCAUA